GAAACCGACGACGACCGUGUUGAGGCCAGAUUUGUCCGCCUCUAACCCUGUGCACAAUCAGAUCCCAUCCUAGGAACCACAUUGGCAUUGGCAUCGGUUCUGGUGGUCGCUCGACUUGCCGGCCUCAGUGUCAUCGUUGGACUUUAAUUAGGAACUGCCUGUUUCCCCUGAUGGGAGAUCACUGUUGUAACCAAUAAAAGGAUUCAAAUUCAGCUGACGGGAUAUCACUACCAAAAAGCUCAAGAUCCGGGACUACACCCCUCCCCAGUCCCACCUAGCUUGCUAAUAUAAUCGAGAAACCAAACCUGGCUAUUCAUGGCGGGCGUCCUCGAUGCCUUGGCAUCCUACGUCCAGAACAUGCUUACAGAGAUGGCAAGGGAUGAGGUGCAUAUGCUGCUGGGGGUCACCGGAGAGAUCGACAAAAUGGACAUCAAGCUCAAGGACCUCAAGAACUUCCUCGUUGAUGCUGAUAGGAGGAGCAUCACCGACCAGAGUGUCCAGGCAUGGGUACUAGAGCUUAGAGAGGCCAUGUAUGAUGCCACCAACAUCCUCGACAUCUGUCAGCUCAAGGCCAUGGAGCGUGGUCCAAGCCAUGAUGCAGGGUGCUUCAACCCACUAUUGUUCUGCAUGCGGAAUCCCAUCCAUGCCCACAAGAUUGGCAGCCGUAUCAAGAACCUUAACCAGAAGUUAGAAGAUAUCAAGCAACGUAGCUUACAUUUCAAAUUCAUCAACCUCAACUCAUACAAAGACCGUAGCAAGAGGGUGACUCGUCCUGGUAGCCGUGAGACAUCUGCUGAGCUUGACGAGUCAAGUUUGGUCGGUGAGAAUAUUGAGGAGGACACAAGAAAUUUGGUGGAGAUGCUAACAUCAGCAGAGCUAUCAAAAUGUGAGAACAACAAAAUUUUGGUUUUUGCUAUCGUGGGAGUUGGUGGGAUUGGUAAAACAACCCUAGCCAAGAAGAUCUUCAAUCACGACAUCAUCAAAAAAGAAUUUACAAAGGAAAUAUGGUUAAGUGUGAACCAGGACUUCAAUGAGACUGAGUUACUAAGAAGAGCUAUCAUCGAAGCUGGGGGUGACCACCAAUCUGUUGGAAAUACGAGGGGCGCGCUUGAGCGAGCUCUUAAGGAAGCCUUGAAUGGGGAAAAGACCUUAUUGGUGAUGGAUGAUGUUUGGAAGCAUCAAGUAUGGGAGGAUGUGCUCCAAACUCCCUUGGUCAGUGCUGCACUAGCUCAUGGUAGCCGUGUCCUCAUCACCACAAGACAUGUCAUGGUUGCGAGAGGGAUGAUGGCAACAAAGCCCUACCACUAUGUCAAUAAACUUGAUCCCGAAGAUGCAUGGUUGUUGCUCAAGAAGAAGGUAGUUGGAAACGGAAAUGAUGAAGACCAGAUUGAACUGCUCAAGGAUAUUGGAAUGGAAAUUAUAACAAAAUGUGAUUAUUUACCACUUGCUGUGAAAGUAAUGGGAGGUCUCUUACGUCAAAAAACAGCAAGGAGACGGGAGUGGGAAAAUGUCCUAAAUGACUCGAUAUGGUCAGUGUCCCAAAUGCCUGAAGAGCUGAACUAUGCAAUAUAUCUUAGCUAUGAAGAUUUAAGUUCUAGUUUGAAGCCUUGCUUUCUUCACUACUCACUCCUUCCCAAGAGCAGAGUGUUCUUAGAUUGUGAGAUCAUUGGCAUGUGGAUUAGCGAAGGAUUUGUUCAUGGAACCUCACGUGACUUGGAGGAAAUAGGAAAAGAGUACUACGAUGAGUUGAUACAGAGGAACCUUAUUGAGCCUGAUAUAAGCUAUGUUGAAAAUGUACUUUGCAAUAUGCAUGAUGUUGUCCGCUCAUUUGCUCAAUACUUGGCUAGAAAUGAAGCACUAGUAGCACAGAACAACAAAGCUGAUAUUGCUGACAAAAUCAAUUCACAAAAGUUUCUUCGCAUAUCGCUGGAAACAAGAGGAUCAGAAUCAGAUGAGUUAGAGUGGUAUUCAUUACAAGGACAGACAUCACUAAGAACACUAUUAUCAGUGGGGCCUAUAAAAAUCAAGCCUGGUGAUUCAUUCCUUGGUUUUUCAAAUUUACGGACAUUAUAUGUAGAAGAUGCAAAUUUUGAUGCAUUAGUUGAAUAUUUGAAUCAACUUAAACACUUGAGGUAUUUAUCCAUAAAAGAAACCAAUACAUCUAGGCUACCAGGAAGCAUUGGUAAUAUGAAAUUUCUGCAGUAUAUUAGCCUUCUUGGUUGUAAGAGUUUGGUGAAUCUUCCUAGUUCCAUUGUAAAGUUGCAACACCUGAGGUUUCUUAGACUUCGUGACACAGGAAUAAGCAGCAUACCUAAGGGUUUUCAUGGUCUAACCAAUCUAAGGAAUUUACGUGGGUUUCCAGCGCACAUGGAUGGUGAUUGGUGUAGCAUUGAAGAACUGGGACCUCUCUGCCAGCUAACUUAUCUUACUAUAAGUGGCCUAGAGAACGUGUCUUCAUCCUCAUUUGCAAAAAAGGCCAGGAUUGGUGACAAGGUGCGAUUGAGCCAUCUGUGUUUAGAAUGCACAAGUAGAAUUGAACAUGAUGGCCAAUUGGUAAAAGAUGAAGAAGGCAUUCCUGAGGAGCAGCAGCAACAAAUUGAAGAGGUAUUUAAUGAGCUCCAACCUCCGUCUGGCUUAGAAAACCUCGCAAUCAGGGGGUACUUUGGUCAGCUGCUCCCAAGGUGGAUGAUGUCGACAGCACUUGUGCCCCUUGGGAGCUUGAGGAAUCUAAUGAUGGAUGACCUGGCCUGCUGCACGGAGCUUCCUAAUGGCUUGUGUCAGCUCCCCUGCUUGGAAUUCCUACAGAUUAUGCAUGCUCCAGCGAUCAAGCGUGUUGGGCCUGAAUUCCUACAACCAAACCAUCACUGCCACAACCAUUCCCAGGUAGGGGUUUCAUUUCCUAGAUUGAGUGAGCUGAAUUUUGAAGGACUGGUCGAGUGGGAGGAAUGGGAGUGGGAGCUGCAAGUGAAAGCCAUGGCCAUCUUGGAGAAGCUAAAACUCAAUAAGUGCAAGUUGAGGCGCGUGCCUGCUGGCCUUGCCUUCCACGCAAGAGCUUUGAAGAAACUAUACAUAUAUGAUGUGAAGCAUUUAAGUUCUUUAGAGAACUUUACUUCGGUUGUUCACCUCGACGUGUUUAAAAACGCUGACCUGGAGAGGAUUAGUAAUCUACCAAAACUGCAGAAGCUCGCCAUCGUUAUGUGCCCAAAGAUGAAGGUAUUGGAAGGCGUGCCUGCACUACAAAAACUCAGUCUGGAGGAUUAUGACAUGGAAACAGUCCCAAGAUACCUGCAAGAUGUAACGCCAAGGCAAUUGCUGCUAGACUGCAGCUUACCGCUACUCACUUCCAUAGCUGCAGGGAAAACUAGCUGCGAGUGGGACAAGUUCAAACAUAUCCAGCAAGUCAAGGCAUAUGCAGGCGAUGAAGGUGUUGGGAGAAAACGGUACGUGCUGUACACAAGGGAUUCUUUCCGCUUGGAGACAAAUAUCAGCCACUCUGCUAUUGCCGAAGAUACUCUAUUUUGA